AGGCCCGAUUGAAGGGAGUCGGAGGAGCCGUGAGGAGAGGGUGCGCCUCGUGGAGUCACCUGACCGGCGUGUUGGUACCCGUAUACAAUAAAACAGGACGCCAUAUUGGGUUUAUUAUCUAUCCGGGAUCGAGGAGGCCGAGAGACGGCGAGAGGAAGGCUUCAAAAUGGAACCAAAGCCAUCAAGGUUACCUAGGAGGAUAACCGUUCAGCCUUCUGCUUCAUCAUUAAGUUCUACAGCCAUGAGAAGAGGCCGCCUGGGGGGCCCUAGUGAAACCUACACUACAAGAGACAGUUAUCUGAGGCAUGACUUGGAUUUUCAGGAACCUGGUGCGCUGUCUACAUCAAGCAGAGAUUGGACCAGAGAGAGGUACAACCUUGAGCCUUCCUGGAAGACUACCUCUUCCUCUUAUCAGCGAUGCUCAGGAACUUACGAACGCUCCUUGUCUGGGAGCUUAGGAAGCCGAAGCAGAGUUUCUGCUGCUUCAUCAUCCUCUUCAUCAUCAACUUCCUCCUCCUCUUCUUCUUCACCGUCUUGGUAUGAGCCUCUAGAGAGGGCUCCGGGCACUUAUACUGGAUUGCACAGCCAGCAGCAGGAUUGGGAUUCUAAGAGACCGAAGCUCUCUUACACCGGUUGUUCAUCUCUUUCUGGUAUCAGAAGUAAUACAAAUGGAUUGCGAUCCAGUCCAGAUUCAAGUAGGUAUGGACGGUUCCCCAGAACAUCAUCAUUAAUGCUUGGAUCCACUGGGCCGGAUUUAACACGUGAAAGGGAGAGGCGGACAGAAUCGUCUGCAUCUGUUCAUGGUUUCACAGAUUACAGGCAUAGAAAUGGGGACACAACACCCUCAUAUCUUCAAGAAAGAGUUUCAUCAUAUGCACAGGGUGCAAGACCAAAAGAAAAUUCCUUAAGCACAUCACGAUUUAAUACAUCUUCUCUUAACCGCCAGUUGCCUUCUCAACACAGUUCUUCUUUAUUCAGCAGAGACUCAAGUAGGAACUCAAGACAAGGCACCUCUGUAGAACCAAUCUCCUCACAAAGGGAAGUGCGAUCUGACUUGCGCCACACUACUAGCAGAAAUGAGGGGACUUCAGGGAGCACAUUAAGACGGGUUUCCACAACUCCAAGAUCUUCAAAUGAACAGCCUUCUGAUACAGAUGGCAGACGUACAACAAGGCACUUGCUGUCUCGUCUAGCUUCUAGUAUGUCCUCCACGUUCUUCUCCAGAAGAUCAAGUCAAGAUUCUUUAAAUGGAAGAACGCCAGAAUCUGAAGAAGCACAACCUUGUUUACAAGAUACAUCUCAAUCUAAUGUUGCCACAUCUCCUUCGUCUGACCUACCCGAGAAUAGGGCUUCUGAUCAAUCUCAGGGAUUUGUAUUUCUCAGACGGAGACUGUGGGGUGUGUCCGCUGUUUCUCCAAGUCAAAGCUCUGAUUCUGAUGCAGAUGGCAACCGAUCUGAAGAAUCUGAUACAAGGACUUCUGGAUCAUGGCUGCCUUCGUCCAUUAGGAAUAGAUGUACUCCAAUUUUUUUAAGGAGAAGACGAGAGGGAAGGGAUGAAACUGCAAGAGCAACAUCUACCUCUGACACAAGCCGUUCGCACAAUCCUUUCAGACGGUCAUCACGAGAAGAACAAUCUUCAGAAGAAACACAAAGAAGUUCUCAAGGUGCUGCAGCCAGCUCUUCACGCUCUCCUACAAAUAGCACUACAGCAACCGCUUCUUUAGCAGAUUCUAUCUUCAGCAGGAGAAAUUCAGGAAUUUCUGGCAUGCUUCCAAACUCCUUUCUACACUUUUCAGUGCCAGCUGCACUGGGCAACACCUUAUCAGAUAAUGUCAUGAUAACUGUAGAUAUUGUUCCAUCAGGUAGGGCAAGUGAUGCCCAAGAAAGUGAAAAGUCUCAGAGCUCUUCCAGAGAUCCAGAGAAAUUAAAGAAAAUACAGGAAAGCCUUCUCCUAGAGGAUUCUGAUGAAGAGGAGGAUGACCUGUGCAGAAUUUGCCAGACUGGAAUGUCUACCCCAAACAAUCCCUUCAUACAACCUUGCAAAUGUUCUGGCAGUCUACAGUAUGUUCACCAGGACUGUAUGAAAAAGUGGCUGGAAGCAAAGAUUAAUUCAGGAUCAAGUCUAGAAACUAUCACUACGUGUGAAUUGUGCAAAGAGAAACUCUCGCUGAAUUUGGAGGAUUUUGACCUUCAUGAACUUUACCGGGCUCAUGCAAAUGAGAGAGCAGAAUACGAGUUUAUCAGCUCCGGACUGUACCUGGUUGUGUUGCUUCACUUGUGUGAGCAGCGUUUUUCUGACAUGCUGGGAGCAGCGAAUGAAGCAAGCAGCAGGGUUAGAUUUAUAAACCUUGCCCGGACGCUCCAGGCACACAUGGAAGACCUUGACACUUCUGAAGAUGAGUCAGAAGAUGAACGAGUGUGAAAUGCUGGUCAGGCCAACUCGGCGUUACUUCAACUUUUACUGUACAAUCAAAGAAUUGGUCAAUAGAGCAACAGAUGUGUUUGAGAUUUAUUUGUAACCUUUUUUUUGCUUUUGCCUCAGCAACUCACUAUGUGGCCCUCUUUUCACUCGUUGCACUUGAUAAUAUUAAGCAGUCUUUAUCAAUUAAAAAAAAAAAAAAGCCAAACUGGUACUCUAGGAUACGUGGGAAAGUUUCUAAUGUUGUAUGCCUUUUUUUUCUUGUUUAAAUUCAAACCCUCCUAAAAUAUUCCCCAGCACAUCUCACUGUUUUGUUUCUAUAUCUGUUCAUCUUAAGUAUGAAAUUGCAAUCCCUCUUUUUAAAGUUACCUAUGGUUUGUCAGAUGGAGGAUUACUCUCCCCCCCCCAACCCUUUAAAAAUAUAAAUAAUGUAUGCCUUAAGUUGCAGGCUCAUAUCUUCUAAUCUUGACUCAAUUUUAUUUGACUGUUUGAAAUGAGGAGAUUCUGUACAGAUAUUCUAUUACCAGAUUUUGAUUCAACAUGUACUUACGAGGCAAUGUGUUUUAGGCAUUUUUUCCUUCUUAAUGUGAGAUUUUUCAUCUCAUGUUUGUCUUUUUCAGACCAUGCAUAACACAUUUUUUAAAAAAAAAAGAGUAAAAUCUGUAAUACUUUCAAUUGGAAGACAUGGAUAUUUAAUGCAAUUUUAAUCACAUCUAAUUGCUGAAAAUGUUAAACCCCUUGUAUAUUCACUUAAAACACUGAUCUAUAAUUUGUUUUUGUUUUGUUCUAUGUUGGAAUAAUAAAGCUAAUGUGUUACUAUGCG